ACCACUGCCACGUCAUGUUAUCGUAAUAUUGAAAUCAACCGCCAUCGCUUAUUACUCUCUCUAAAUUCUGUUUUUGUUCUGCCCUUUCGAUCUGUCAGACAGAAAACUCUCAAUCCAUAAUUUUAUCCAUGUAAGAGCUGUAAUAUCUGAACAAGAAGUAGAUAAUAAGGCUAAUUUUCCCGGGAAGUCUUAAUUUUCCAGGAAAGUUAGGGAAGUGCUUUUGGAAAUGGACGACACGAUCUUCGAUCUGAUGGAGUUCUGGAAGAAACCAUCGGUUAUCGAAACAUUUGUCGACAUUUUGCUUUGUGCAGUGCCUAUAUGGCUUGCCGUCAUGAUCGGGCUCGUGAUCGGUUGGUCUUGGCGGCCUAGGUGGACGGGUUUGAUUUUUUUAGGGCUCCGGAGCAAGUUCAGGUUUUUGUGGACGGCGCCACCGGGGUUUGGAGCUCGUCGUCUCUGGCUGGCUUUCACAGCUCUCUCAGCUUUCUCGGUUUGCCGCACCAUUUGGUCGAAUUUCAAGGGUAAGAAUGGAAAAUCAGCGGCUAUGGCAACGUCUCUGGCUUCAACGUCGGCAGCCUCGGCUAUAAACUCUGAGGCGGAAAGCAGUGAUUCUAUUAGCUCCCCUAGGGAACCUCAGGAGGGGGAGGAAAUUGUCACAGAGAGGGAUUUGGAACACCUACUGCAUCUUUUUGAAGGAAAGGAUGGACAAAUGGAAUGGCAAUCUAUGAUGGAAAGAUCUACCUCAAAUAUGGCAUACCAAGCCUGGCGCCAUGAUCCUCAGACAGGUCCCACCAUGUACCGUAGUAGAACUGUGUUUGAGGAUGCAACUCCAGAAUUGGUAAGAGAUUUCUUCUGGGAUGAUGAGUUUCGACUGAAAUGGGAUGCCAUGCUUGCAUACUUCAAAAUAUUGGAGGAAUUCCCUCAUACAGGAACAAUGAUUGUUCAUUGGAUAAAGAAGUUCCCAUUUUUCUGCAGUGACCGAGAAUAUAUCAUUGGUAGAAGAAUAUGGGAGGCUGACAAGACAUAUUAUUGUGUGACAAAGGGGGUGCCAUAUCCAGCCCUGCCCAAGCGUGACAAGCCAAGACGUGUGGAGCACUACUUCUCAAGUUGGGUUAUCAGGACUGUGGAAUCGUGCAAAGGAGAUGGGCAAAUGUCUGCCUGUGAAGUAACCCUUUUACAUUAUGAGGACAUGGGGAUCCCAAAAGAUGUGGCCAAAUUGGGAUUACGUCACGGCAUGUGGGGAACCGUCAAGAAAUUGCAUUCUGGCAUGAGAGCUUAUCAGAAUGCUAGGAAAUCAGAUGCACCAUUGUCUAGAAGUGCACUCAUGGCAAGAAUCACAACAAAAAUUUCUUUUAAUGAAAGCAUGGAUUCUUCAGAGCCAGUUACUGGUGAAGAGGAUAAAGGUCAAGUAGUAGGCAUCCAAAGACAGAAGGAUUGUGGCCUUGAUUGGAAAUGGAUAGUUAUAGGAGGAACAGUAGCACUAGUGUGUGGACUUCAUUCUGGUGCAAUUGGGAAGUCCUUAUUGCUUGGAGCCGGGCAAAGAAUUGCGCGAAGAUGAGAGUUUUCUUGUUAAGGCAUUUUAGCCCUAUCUAAUUUUGAAGGAUAUAUAAAAUUUUAUGAACUUGUUGAGGUAUCAGAUAUAUCAUAUUUUUAAGAUUAAUGAUGUGUUAUUGAAAUUCCUAUGUUGGCAAAUGAUCGUAAGGCAUUUCUCAUUUGUAUUUGCCCUCAGAUUUUCACUCCAGUUUAUAGAAUCUGCAGGACAUUUCAGGAAUCUUCAGUUUUUGUUACCCAUAUGUGUUAUUGGUCUGAAUUGCAUUGCCUUCAAUACA